AUGGCCGCCUUUGACGACGCCGACGCACAGACGCAGAGCCGGCUCUGCGCGCUCGACGACUUCCUCCUCGCCCUCAUCUUCGCGCGGUCGGGCUACACUCGCGGCUACCUCACCAUCUGCAAAAGGAUCAGCCCCGUCAUCGACUACCUGUUCCACAGGGCCCCCGCCCUGCGGUCGCCCGACCAGCUCCUGUCGUUCUGCCACCACCUCGAGCGCGAGCCGUCCAGGGUCCGCGAGGUCAACUACCUCUUGAUCGACGCGCACUGCGAGUUUCCCGUGUGGAACCCUCCAGGUGCAGGUCUCGAGAGCCCUCGAGGACGUCGGCUGCAGCUGCCGACCGGGGCCGAGCUGUCAGAGCUGGUCGAGCUGGCCGACGAGUGGGUUCCGCCAGAGUUCCCGUCCGGUCGUCUCGUCGCCGGUCCCGCACUCGUCCAAGACCUGCUGCGCGCGCUGCCGCUCCACCGCCUGCGCGUCGGCAACCCGCCCUUGGCCACGGCGGUCCUCACGCGCGAGUUUGUCGAGUCGUCACCUCUGCAGGAGCUCGCCAGACUCGACAUCGCGCCGUACACGCGCCCUGACAACGAGCUCGGCCGGCUCUUCCGCCUCGACCCCGACAAGGACCCGAGGUCGAGCGAACGCGAGCACGAGCACGACAGCCCGUCGGGCCCGUCUCAGCAAGACCUCGCCCGGGAAUUCCUCGCCAGCCUGUGCCUCCUGCCGUCGCUCAAGCGCUUGUCGUUCGGCGCCCUUGGCUGGGACCUGCCCGUCGGGUUCCUCAACAUCGACCCGCCCGGCGCCCUCCCGCCCCGGUCUCUGCGCGUCGAGCGCUUCGCGCUCCCGAGCUCGUUCAUCCUGCCCGUCGAGGUGUGCAGCCUCGCCGCAGCACUCGCCAUCGGCCUCACGUCGUUCGAGCUCGACGCGAUCGGACUCGGCGGCCAGCUCGACGACCUCGUCAUGCGGCUCCCGCCCACCCUGAGGCGCCUCGUCGUGCGCAUCGGUCGCUCAAAGUGCCCUUGCAUCUACGACACGUCCUACUCGGGCGCGAUCAGCGCGGCGGCGCUCGACCUGCCCAACCUCGUCUCGCUCGAGCUCAAGGGCGACGUUGUCUCGCCGUCGACCCUCGCCGGCAUCCAGCGCCUCGAGCACCUCGAGCGCCUCACCCUCGGCGAGCACACACAGUACGACCUCGCGGCGCUCCUCGCCCUCCUCCCUCGCCCCGCGCCGCCCGACGCCGUCGUCCCUCCCUCCUCGCCGACCACCCCGCCGCGCCCGCUCCGCCGCCUCACCCUCGACAUCUGCUCCUGCCCUCCCGACGACGAGGACCUCAUGCGCUCCAGGCCGGGCACGGCGCCGAGGUGGCCGAGCGGCUUUGGCGCGGCCGACGCGAGGGAGCUCCUGCGCGAGGCGGGCCCGUGCGGCGUGGUCGUCGAGGGACCGGUGCGGUGCGCAGCGGGAGCGUGCGAGGGCAGUGGGGAGGUGCAUGCGUGUCACGGGUGGUGCAGGACGUAG